GCUAACAAAACUGUUCCUCAAACCUCAUUGGCUCAAAUGGAAACUCCGUUCCACAAUUUUCGCUGUCUAGGAGUUCUUACUGUAAACCGCGACACACCUAAUUCCAGACUCCAAAACUCAUUAUCCCCUUCUUUCCGUUCCGUAGACUUACUAAAAGUCAAAUUUUACUCGUUUCCCACUCCCAAGUCACCCCUAUCUUCAACUCGAAUAAAAAGAGAUUCAAGAACAUGAUCAGAAUCAAUAAUGGAGUAACUGAAAUUCAUCAUUAUCCAAUCAAUGACAACAAAAGUUUCUUCUUCCAAAACGAUGGCGGAGCAACGGCGUAGCAACCGCAGCCGUCAUACCAAAUUCCAUGUAUUCACCACCGUCUGUUUGAUAGCAAUCAUCUUCACCUACAUGUUCAACACAAACACCUUCGUUUCAAACAUCUCAUUCAAUUUCACUCCAAACACCACAAUCCCUUUUCUCUCUGUCAAUCUUUUGGACAACCAAACAUUCAUCGUGAAUCAGUUGAAAUCGACUUCAACGUUACACAAUCCAGUCUUGAUCGUUAAAGAAGUUAUUGUUCAAAAAUCGGUUUCCGAAGAUGAUCAGAACCCACUGGUUCCACCCAUUAAUCUCACCAAGAAACAAAGAAUGAGUUGGUUUAAAAACAAGCUUCCGGAGUUUGAUAUGUUGAACUCCAAUCAAGAAUUUGAAAUUCGGGCGAAAGAAUUCUUUCAAGACUGUAAUGUUCGAUUCUUCAUGACAUGGAUUUCGUCUCCUUUAAGGGUUUUCGGAAAAAGAGAGUUUCUCGCUGUUGAUGCUUUGUUUAAAUCAAAUCCAGAGAGUUGUUUGAUGAUACUAUCAAACGUUAUGGAUUCGGAUUUCGGGUUUCAAACCUUGAAACCGAUAAUUGAUCGUGGGUUUCGGGUUCAAGCACUCACGCCGGACUUGAACUUCUUGUUCAAGAACACUCCGGCGAAGUCGUGGUUUGAUCAUAUCAAGAACGGGAAUCGGGAUCCCGGAGAAAUCCCAUUAGCGCAAAACCUAUCGAAUUUGAUUAGACUCGUGGUUCUUUAUAAAUUCGGUGGUGUUUAUCUCGACACUGAUUUCAUUCCUUUGAAAGAUUUCAGCGGAUUACGAAACUCGAUCGGAGCUCAAAGCGUGAACUCGUUGGGCAACUGGACAAGAUUAAACAACGCAGUUUUGAUCUUCGACAAAAACCAUCCUUUGCUAUACAAAUUCAUCGAAGAAUUCGCGUUGACUUUUAAUGGAAACCGAUGGGGUUUCAACGGACCUUACCUUGUAUCAAGAGUAGUUGAAAGAGAAGCGACAGAACUAGAGUCAAACUUCACUGUUCUUCCGCCGCUGGCGUUUUAUCCGGUGGACUGGACACGAAUUGGCGGGUUGUUUCUCCGGCCGGUGAACCAGGCUCACCGGAAAUGGGCGGAGACGAAGGCGGCUCAGAUUAAAGAAUCGAGUUACGGGAUUCACUUGUGGAAUAAACAAAGUAGAAGAUUUAGAAUCGAAGAAGAAAGCAUCAUGGCGAGGUUGAUCUCCGAACACUGUGUCAUCUGCAAGUUCUUCAAGAAAAGUCAAAGACUUUCACACAAUUCUUUUUCCAUUUCAUCAUGAUUAUUUUUUGAAAAAUUUCCUCACGUAAAUAACAAAAAAUGGUUCAAUACAACCAUAUUUGUUUUUUUCAUUAACACAACAAGAAUAAAACGUAUGCAGUAUGCACUAUUUGCUA